AUGCUCAAAGCCUUUCCGGAGGGCUCUGUUUUCUUCUUGGAGUGGCCACUGUGGGCUCGCUUAGCUCUUAUCUUAGGUGGCUUGCUUACGAUUAUCCUUACCACCGCCUUCUCCGUCAAGCUGAGAAAUUGGGCAAAGGACAAAAGGUUAGAAAGAAGGGCAGCAGAAGAACAGGCCGAACGAGGGGAAAUGACUCUAGUCAACUGUUUGGAUGAAGACAUACCCUUCGGCAUCCGCGCUUUGAUCGAAGACCCCGACGUUGAAGGGGUGUGGAACGCUCGAACAGUAACGACUUUGCAUCUCGACGGAGCCCGAUCUGACCCGCCCUCGCAAUUGAUGAGCAAGCCUAUAAAAUACUCGUCGACUUCGUUCACCUCUAUAUGCGAUACCACGGACAUAGGACUUGCCUCUCCAGGUGCCUUUACGCCAUUCACUGAGUCCACAGCAGUCAUUGAUCUACCAGCCGAGGCAUCGUCCUCAAGGAAAGGGAAGACCGUUGUCAUAAGCUACAACGGUCCAUAUCUUCGAUCGGAAGCUACCGAGGCCGUGCCAGGUCUGGCGAUUUCCGGGCGUUGUUCCAUCACGGAUCUUACUGACGAUGGUUACACAGAUGUUGCUCCUUCAAUGACAGAGGACAAGUUGAAUCCUUCACCGUCAAAAUUGCAGCUCCGCCCCAUCACCAACCUACCAUCUUCGGGAGCGCGCAAGUUUGUCAUUGGAAACAGGCAAAGAAACAUACUCGGACACCAGAGGGCAGAGGCCCAGUCUGACCUCAACCCACUUGAACGCAUGGAGGCUCAUCGGCGCUUCCAUGCCGCAGAGAGUGGUCAACUUCUGCCUAGGGAUCGUCGGCACACUAACAUGGUUCUGACUCCCGCAUUUGCUUCCUCUAUAUCGGACAGCGAGGAUAGCGACGACUCUGCGUCUCGUGCUUUGUCAUGGCCGCCUCGAAAUGGCAGCAUCAAUCUCGGCAAACAGUUCUCUCGCAGAGCGAAGAGGAUGGAAGGACCCCGACCAGUGCCCUUCCGCGCGUUUGUCGAGUCCAUACCCACCACAACACUCCCGCCUUCGGCUUGGACUGAGAAGACCCAGGCGAGGCUCGACGCUAAAAUCCUUCCUUCUCCCAGAACAAGUGACACAUCCUCCAAAGCAUCCCUGCACACACCAAGCUCUUCUACGAGUUCAACGUCCGCAACAGCCACGACGUCGCCUCCAGGCUCGGUCUCGAUUGCAAACACUCGAUCACGGAAAGUCAAUGAUGGAUUCGAGAUAUUACCUGCCGGCACAGUCGAAAAAGGACCCAGGGUCAAGGACUUCGGGAUGGGGCAAGAAGACGCGGAAAUGAGGAAAAAGCCUAAGAAGCUGCAGAAACGAUCGCGCUCAAGGUCUGGGAGUCGUCCAAGUUCCAUAGAAAGUCGGAGGCUUAGCAGCGACCUGUUUCAUUUGCCGAUUUUCUGA